UUUUCUUUUCUUUAAUUUUUUUUAAGACUCCCUUCAAAUGCACAUUUCUCUCUCUCCACUCUGAUAUUUCUUUCUCUCUCUCUCAAUCUUUAUAGCUUUCUUUGGUUUCUGUUUUCUUGAUACGGUGACAGUCCAUAGCAGAGUUUGAGCUUUGAAUUGCUCCCCAAGACCCCUUUUUUCUUCUUCAGUAAUCAGUAAAAGAAGCUUCAGAGUAAAAGUAGUACACAAUCUGAACUAAGCAUUUCAUAGGUUUUUCUGGAGUAGUAGUAAAAGAGAGGCCUUUUUUGCUGGAAUUUGCCUCUACUGUUUACUCGAAUGGAUAUGAGUGGAAAGGAUGAUACUGAGACAGCAAAAAGAAAUGAGGAUGCUCUGAGCUUUCAUUCAGAUAAUAUGCCCUCUGACUGGCAAUUAAACGGUGCAAAUCUUGCGAAUGUGUCGAUGGGAGUGAUUCCAAAUAGCAAUCCGAUGACAGAUUCUUUUUGGGCUAUUAAUUCAGUAAAUUUGGGGUUUCGGGAUGCUAAUGUUCUCCCUGGUGUUAGUGGUUCCAAUCUUCUGGGAUCUGGAACGCUCGGGUUUGAACCUGCGAGAGGUGCUCCCGAUAGAAAUGUUGGUAUGUUUGGGACGCAGCCGAAUGCAAUGUUGAAAGGGGGCAUGUUUUUACCGACGCCUUCUGGGAUGGUUCCUCAAUUUCCAGGUGAUUCGGAUUUUAUUGAAAGAGCGGCGAGGUUUUCGUGCUUCAGUGGAGGAAACUUGUGCGAUCCAAUCAACCCUUUUAACACAACCGAGUCUAUGAAUCCUUUCGCUAAGGGUGUAAUGCCAACUCAAAAGCCUCAAGAGGUUUUUGUGGGAAACGAAUUAAAAUCAGCACCUGCGAUGCAAUAUCAGGAUUAUGAAAUGACCAAUGUGGCCGAAAGUUCCAAGGAGGGUUCUUUACCGAUCGACAGGGCAGCUGAAGGGAGCCGACCAAGGAAUGGUACGAAGAACGAGAAUACUUUUGAAGCAAAACAAUGUGUUGAGGGUUCCGGAAAUGAGUCUGAUGAACCGGAAUGUAGCAGCCCGGGUGAUCAAGAUUUAUCGGAGGGCGCAGGUCGGGAGUCUCCUGCAACGGGACUUGCCUCGAAGAAAAGGAAACGGGGUGGCCGGCAAGCUGAUCUCGAUAAAACUAAGGGAACUCCUCCGCGACUCAUUGAAGCCACCAUGGACCAAACUGCAAUUCAGCAAGACCGAGAUCAAAACUUGAUAUCAAACGCCAGCAAGCAAGGCGGAAAAAAUGGUAAACAAGGGACCCAAGCUUCGGAUUCUCCUAAAGAAGAAUACAUUCAUGUUCGAGCCAGGAGAGGCCAGGCAACAAAUAGCCAUAGCCUUGCGGAAAGAGUAAGAAGGGAGAAAAUCAGUCAAAGGAUGAAACUUCUUCAGGAUCUUGUACCUGGUUGCAACAAGGUUACUGGCAAAGCGGUAAUGCUGGAUGAAAUCAUUAAUUAUGUACAAUCACUGCAACGGCAGGUUGAGUUCUUAUCGAUGAAGCUUUCUACAGUAAUUCCUCGAUUGGAUUUCAACAUUGACGGGCUACUUGCAAAAGACAUCCUCCAGUCCCAAACUGGUCCUUCAUCUUCGCUAGCCUUUCCGCCUGACAUUACUAUGCCUUUUCCCCCGAUAAAUCCCCCACAACCAUCGUUGCUUCAAGCUGGUAUUCCCGGCUAUGGAAAUCCCAUCAACGUAUUGCAGAGAACCAUAAACUCCGAAAAAGCAACUGUGAACGUACCGAGUGUAUGGGACAACGAGCUUCAUAACGUCUUCCAGAUGGGCUUCAAACCGAAUGCUCCCCUCAACAGCCAAGAUCAUAGUUCUCUACCGCCCCAGACAAACAGUGAAUCGUGAACUUUAAGUUGCAUAGCUAUUGCCUUCGUUUCUCCAAUCUUUUUGCACAUGUUUUAUUCGGUAUCCACAGAUUUCAGAGUUGGCAGUUUGGUUGUAUAGAGUACGAUGAUCGUAAAGAAAGUGAGAAAAGCAGAUGUUAUGGGAGUUUUUUCCGUCGAGAAAAAAAAAAUAUUGUUCAUCAGGCAAACAGGACAGAUACCCUUUGUAAAUUUCAAUUGUGAAAAUCCGUUUAAAAAUGUUCUUUUUUGUGUUCAGUGUAUCAUGUAGAAGCUGAAAUAUGAACUUAUAUUUCAAGAACAGAAAAUGAGAUGAAAUUUCUUUUCCUUCCAUCA